GGGAUACAACCUACCACUGUACGGCGUCUGGGUGCUUUCGCCUCGCUAUGAUCUUGUUUAUAUUCGGCGGUUCAGGGUCGACAUUCAGGAUAUCCUGAGAUGACUGGGUUGGUGGUCUCGCCAUACUUGGGCCAUCAGGUCACCUCCCCCUACACCCCACCCUCUAGAGGUGCACACAUUUUCUCUUCUUGUCGGAAACGGACGGACACUGGCUCGGUUUCCUGCUGUUCUCUCAUGAUACCCAUCAGUGCGACAUCACUCACUGCGCUCUUCGUUUAUCCUCUCUUCUCUUGCCCUCUUGUCUCUAAUCCUCUACACCUAAUCUCUCCACACCCACAUUGGUUUUCUCACAUGCAUAUUUGUUGUCCACCUGCAAGCAGGAUGACCUGGUAUUCUUUGAUGAACACUGGGACAAAACCCGGACAGACCUUAUUCCACCGCUGCUCUGCUAUGCCCCCGCAGGUACAUUGUUAUUCACUCUUGCCUUCACCAUGCUUCUCCGAGGGUGUUUCAUACUUCUAUCCCAUAAUUGAUCGCAGGCGCAUUGAUAGACCGGUUUGAUUACUCUUUUGCUUUAUUUUCCCUUUCCUCUCCGUUCCUAUGCUUUCAUAAUUUGCCUCUAUGGUUUGUAUAAUAAAUCUUAAUGAAGCUUGGAGACCUCCCAUCUUUUGCAUGUAUAAGCAAACACAGAUGUUGUCGGUAUAUACUAAAAUUACCACCGCGUCCCAUGAUAGGGAUCAUCUAUACGCUUUACUGUGUGACAUAUAUCAUGUCCAAUCAACACCUCUACCCAUCAGCACACAAAAGAG